AGGUCCAUCUUGAGAAGUUGUGUCUCUUGCUGCCUCCUCCUUUUCCUCCGCUCAAGGAGCCUCCUCAGCACUGUGGAGCAUUUGAAGCAAUUGGCCUUGGAAGGAGAACAGCUGACAGGACAGCUGGGACUUCCCAAAACUGAAGGAAAUAAAGCUGACCCAGUGAGGAAGCCGAUUCUGCCUGGGACCAACCUUUCCAUCAGAGCUCACAUCCCACUGGAAGCCUUGGGAGCAGCGGCUGGAGUAUCCUUGGAGGCUCCAUAGUGAGUGACAGGACCAUCUGAAGAACCUCCAAGAGUAAUCACAGGAGUUGCUCCUCUCCAUGAGAAGGAUUUUGGCGUCCAUUUAGUCGGUGGGGAUUGCGAUGUCCGUGCUCCUCUUCAUAUUGGGAUUCUCUCAUUAUGUCAUCCAAGCUUUUGCCUCCUGGGGUGUCACAUACCCCGAAAGGUUGCACAGCGUGAAAGGUUCCUGCGCCGUGAUCCCUUGCACUUUCAGCUUCCCGAGCAACGUCGCUGUGCCACCUGAGGGCAUCGUGAGCAUCUGGUACAAAAACCAUGGCGGCCAACGCAUCGUGAUUUACCACUCAGAGAAUCCUAGCACCACAGACGCCCAAUUUCGGGACCGCACAGAACUGGUGGGCGAUGCUCUCAAGCACAACUGCACACUGCUCCUGAGAGAAGUGACGAGCCAAGACAGCGGCGAUUACAACUUCCGGUUUGAAAUCAGCGAGGGCAAUCGCUGGACCGAACAGAAAACAGUUCAGCUGACCAUUACCGACAGUCCUGAAAUACCCAAUGUUGCUGCUCCACAGGAAAUCAGUGAUGGUCUGCCGUUGACUUUUAACUGCUCCAGUCCAUAUGUCUGUCCUUACGAUGCCAGCAACACCCUGCAAUGGGUCGGUUACAACAUGGAGACUUCGCUGGUGUCUGAGACGGUCCAAUUGGACACGGCUGGAGUGCUCAGAAAACAAUCCCUCCAGACAUCUCUCACCUGGAAGGAUCAUAACCAAAAGCUCACCUGUGAGGUCUCUGUUGGUGGACAAAGGAUGGCAGGAGAAAUCACGCUCAGUGUGAAACAUGCCCCGAAAGGCGUGACAGCAUCCCUAAACGCCUCCACGAAGAACAUCCGAGUGGGAGAUGCUGCAACGCUCACCUGCAACGUUAACAGCAGCUACCCCAAAGUCACUGCCUACAGGUGGUUCAAGGAUGGUGUGGCCUCUGGGAACACGAUGGUGAAAACCUUCCGGAGUGUGGCUCGAGGGGAUUAUGGUCUGUACCACUGCGAGGCUGAUAAUUCUGUGGGCACCGGGAAAUCGGAAGGACUAACGCUCUAUGUUUUCUCUGUGGUGUUGUCUGUGAGCCCUUCUUCUAAUAUCAAGGAAGGUGAAAGUGUCACAUUGACCUGCGACGUCCCUGGGGCAGACAAGCAAGAGAUCCACUACAGUUGGUACAAGAACAAUCUCUGGAUCAAGGCAGGCACAGCUCAGAGCCUCUUCUUCCAAGAGGCUGUGGUCGGAGACACUGGCUAUUACUCCUGCAAAGUGCAGAAUGACAAAGGGAGCGAGACGUCCCAAGCUGUCGGACUCAAUGUCCUCUAUCCUCCAAGGACUCCUUCGCUCGCCUUGUUCCAGGAGACCCAGGAAGGACAGUCGGCCAUCGUUCACUGCACAGUGGACAGCAACCCUCCAUCCACCUUGAGCCUUUACCGGGACAAGCGUCUGCUGGCCACCACCAACUCACACUCAGCACCGAGCCAGCGGAUCACCAUCACCACCAUCCGCAACUCCUUGAAGCUGGAGAUCUGGAAGGUGGUUCCAGAGGAUGAGGGGGAUUACAAGUGUGUGGCCACAAACCCAUAUGGAAGUACCAGCGUUACACACUUCUUUGGCGCCCAGACGGCCAGAGUGGUGGCCCAACCAUCCAAGGAACUCCCCGAAGGCACGCAAGUCACCUUGACCUGCAUGGCCACCUUGAGAUCUGGAGAGGAGACCAUGUACACAUGGUACAAGAAUGGCAAGUGGCUGCAGGAGGGCAAGGAGAACUCCCUUGUCUUCCCAAUGGUGGCCAAUGGAGAUGCCGGCAUCUUCCACUGUGUGGCCCAGAACAAGAUAGGCAUCAACACAUCCCCACCCAUCACUCUGCGUGUCUUGUACGCUCCACGCCAGCCUGUGAUGCGCUCCUUCCUGGAGACCCAAGGAGGUCAUCUCGGGAUCAUCCAGUGCACAGUGGACAGUGACCCACCCUCGGAGGUGGCUUUAUACAAGGGAGAUGUGCUCAUUGGCUCCACCAACAUCACCCGCUCAGGAGAUGACCCCAGGGUGAGCCUGACCUCCUCUUACAAUGCGCUGAAGGUGAGCAUCAAGGACGUGGGUCUGGAGGACGAAGGGACGUACGUGUGCUCUGCUCAGAACCGCUAUGGAGACGCAACCACCUCCAAAGACUUUGUUGUUGAAACUGCAAGGAUUAUUGCCAUGCCAUCAUCAGAGAUGCAGGAAGGGGAAUCCGUCCAUCUCUCCUGUGCCCUGAGGACCAGCAAUUCUUCCACUUCAACCAACUACACCUGGUACAAGGAUGGUCUCCCACUUUUGGAGGCCCUCAGGAAUUCAUUGGAAUUCCAGCAUGUGGCAAGGAAGGAUGCUGGGACGUAUUACUGCCAAGUGGAAACUCCAACAACCAGCAAAAACUCUGACCCCAUCGUCCUGUCUGUGCUCUACCCUCCUGGGAAUCCUCAGAUGGUCAUUUUCAUGGAGACUGAGAUGGGAAGGGUAGCCAUUUUCCAGAUUUCAGUGGACAGCAAACCCCCAGCACAGUUUGUUCUGUAUAAAGGAGACAAAGUUGUGGCUUCUAGCAGUUUGAAGACAAGCAGCACCGAGGACCGGAUCAGUAUCACAUCAAGCCAGAAUGCCAUGCGGGUGGAGAUGAGAGGCAUUGUGCCAGAGGAUGAGGGCAGCUACAACAUCACAGCAACCAAUGCAUACGGUUCCUCCUCCCGGUUGCUCUACUUCCAUGUGCAAACGGCCCGGGUUCUAGUCACGCCGUCCCCAGAAGUGCUGGAAGGGGAUACAGUUACCCUCACCUGUGAUGUGAUGGGAAAUGUUCCCGAUGACUCCACCUUCUCCUGGUACAAAAACAGCAAGCGUGUUCAGGGGAGCCACAGUGGUGGCACACUCAGCUUCCAGCACAUAACCAGCGAAGAAGCCGGGUCCUACUUCUGCAAAGUUUACACACCAGAUGAAACCGGGAUCAGUAUCUCCCCAUCAAUCAGCAUAACCGUCUUUUACCCACCCAGGAAACCCCUGAUAACCUCCUUCCUUCGGACCGAGGGCAGCCCAGUGGCGGUUUUGCAGUGCACAGUUGAGAGUGAACCUCAAGCCCAUCUGGAAAUCUCCAAGGGGAGGGAGGUCCUGGCUUCCAGCAUCAGCUCCCAUCCCAAACACAACCCACCACGAAUCAAGACUUCUGCAACAUACAACAGCCUGAGAGUGGAGAUUUGGGACGUGGUGAUGGAAGAUGAAGGAGACUAUGUCUGCUCAGCCAGCAACAUGUAUGGCAAUGGGAGCUCCAAGGUCAAGUUCACUGCAAAUGCUGCAAGGAUUUGGAUCACACCUCCGGAUGUCCUGGAAGGGAACUCAGUGAACUUGACCUGUGCGGUUGACAGUGACACAGCUAGCGAAUUGCAUUAUACCUGGUAUAAGCACAACCAGUGGUGGGCAGAGGGCCCAUCCAAGAUACUGGUGCUUCCCCAUGCCACCGUCGCUGAUGCUGGGACCUACUACUGCACUGUUAAGGCUCAGGAAAGGAUUCGGAACUCCUCCUUGGGCAUCCUGAAUGUCCUCUGUAGGUACCAAGAAGGGGUGAGAUUUGGAACUGAUGCUCACUUUCAUGGCCCAAGGAAUGAGAGGUUGGGGAUGAACUCCCCCCAGAUUUAAUUUCCUUUGGAGGAGAGC